CCAGGUGGCAGCCAUCUCUGUCCCCAUCAACCUGCGCUACAGCGCACCAGAGGUGGCCUACAUGGUCGGUAAGGUCCAGGCGAAGAUGCUGUUCCUGCACAGCAGCAAGCUACAGCAGCUCCCCGGUGCCUCCCAGCUGGCACCGGAGGUGGUCGCCACCCCGGGCCCUGCCUGGGACGCCUUCCGCAGCCGCGCAGAUCCGGCGCUGCCGGCGCUGCGGCCGGCGCCAGCGGAGCAGCCAGCGCUGAUUCUCUUCACGUCGGGGUCCACGGGACGUCCCAAGGGGGUGCUGCAUUCCCAUGGAGGCGCGGAUGGCAGUUGGGCUUGGGACGGUCUGGGUUUGACACCGGUUGUAUGCUAA